ACACGCACGCACACUCUCCCAGCUGCUGGAGUGGAUCCGCAGAACCGUGCCCUGGCUGGAGAACCGCGCCCCGGAGAACACCAUGCAGGGCCAUGCAGCAGAAGCUGGAGGACUUCCGGGACUACCGGCGGCAACACAGCCCCCCAAGGUGCAGGAGAAGUGCCAGCUGGAGAUCAACUUCAACACCCUGCAGACCAAGCUGCGGCUCAGCAACCGGCCCGCCUUCAUGCCCUCCGAGGGCAAGAUGGUCUCGGACAUCUCCAACGCGUGGGGCGGUCUGGAGGGAGCGGAGAAGGGCUACGAGGAGUGGCUGCUGAACGAGAUCCGCCGGCUGGAGAGACUCGACCACCUGGCCGAGAAGUUCCGGCAGAAGGCGGCCAUCCACGAGGCCUGGACCCACGGUAAGGAGGAGAUGCUGCAGCACCGCGACUACGAGACCGCCUCCCUGUCCGAGAUCAAGGCGCUGCUGAAGAAGCACGAGGCCUUCGAGAGCGACCUGGCAGCCCACCAGGACCGCGUGGAGCAGAUCGCCGCCAUCGCACAGGAGCUGAAUGAGCUGGACUACUAUGACUCUCCCAGUGUGAACGCUCGCUGCCAGCGGAUCUGUGACCAGUGGGACGGACUGGGAAACAUGACCCAGAAACGCAGUGAGGCCCUGCAGAGAACCGAGAAGCUCCUGGAGACCAUCGACCAGCUGUACCUGGAGUUCGCCAAGCGGGCCGCGCCCUUCAACAACUGGAUGGAGGGCGCCAUGGAGGACCUGCAGGACACCUUCAUCGUCCACACCAUCGAGGAGAUUCAGGGUCUGAGCACCGCCCACGAGCAGUUCAAGGCCACGCUGCCCGAGGCGGACAAGGAGCGGCAGGCCAUCCUGGGCAUCCACAACGAGAUCGCCAAGAUCGUGCAGACCUACCACGUCAACAUAGCCGGCAGCAACCCCUACACCGCCAUCGACCCCCAGGAGGUCAACGCCAAGUGGGACAAGGUGAGGCAGUUGGUGCCCCAGAGGGACCAGGCCCUGAUCGAGGAGCACGCGCGGCAGCAGAACAACGAGAGGCUGCGCCGGCAGUUCGCUAACCAGGCUAACGUCAUCGGGCCCUGGAUCCAGACCAAGAUGGAGGAGAUCGGCCGCAUCUCCAUCGAGAUGCACGGAACCCUGGAGGACCAGCUCACGCACCUGCGGCAGUACGAGAAGAACAUCGUCAACUACAAGCCCAAGAUCGACCAACUGGAGGGAGACCACCAGCUCAUCCAGGAGGCCCUCAUCUUCGACAACAAGCACACCAACUACACCAUGGAGCACAUCCGCGUGGGCUGGGAGCAGCUGUUGACCACCAUCGCCCGCACCAUCAACGAGAUCGAGAACCAGAUCCUGACCCGCGACGCCAAGGGCAUCAGCCAGGAGCAGAUGAACGAGUUCCGCGCCUCCUUCAACCACUUCGACCGGGACCACUCAGGCACGCUGGGGGCCGAGGAGUUCAAGGCCUGCCUGAUCAGCCUGGGCUUCGAUAUCGCCAACGAUUCCCAGGGAGAGGCGGAGUUCUCGCGCAUCAUGAGCAUCGUGGACCCCAACAGGAUGGGCGUGGUCACCUUCCAGGCCUUCAUCGACUUCAUGUCCCGCGAGACAGCCGACACGGACACCGCCGACCAGGUCAUGGCCUCCUUCAAGGUCCUGGCCGGGGACAAGAGCUUCAUCCUGGCGGACGAGCUGCGGCGGGAGCUGCCCCCGGACCAGGCCGAGUACUGCAUCGCCCGCAUGGCCCCGUACACGGGGCCCGACGGGGCCCCCGGGGCCCUGGACUACAUGUCCUUCUCCACCGCGCUGUAUGGCGAGAGCGACCUCUGAGGGGGCCCCCGGGGGGGGACGCGCGUCCGGGACGCGGGGUCUUCGUCGUCGCACGCUGUCGUCGUCGUCGCCAUCAUCGUCAUCGUCAUCGUCAUCAUCGACAUCCUCCCUCCCCCGCCCCCCUCGACUGUCCCGCUCGCCGCGUGUCCAAUCACAGCAUUGCAUCGCACCCCCCCCCCCCCCCCCUCCUCCUUCUCCUCCUCUUCUCCCCCUUCUCCUACCGCCCCCCCCCCCCCAAGCUCGUUUUGUACACCUUUGGCCUUAUCUUGUUGUCAUAUCCCUCCAUGGCCUGUGUCCUCCUCCCUCUUCCUCCUCCCUCCUCCUCCUCCUCCUUCUCUCUGACUCCCCCCACCUCCUCACACUCCUCCCUCACGCUCUGAGUCUGUUGUUUAGUGCUUUUCACAAGAGAGAGGAAGGAGGGAGAGAGAGCUAGGGAGAGAGAGAGAGAGGGAGUGAGAGAGAGAGAGAGAGAGAGAGAAAUGUUUGUUGCUGUUUUUAUUUACUUGUUUCUUGUCAUUGUUUUUCUUCAACAAAAAAAAAAGAAUAAAGUUGACAUAUUUUAUUAUACAGAACAAAAAAAGGUAUUUUUCUUCACCUGAUUGAAAAUAAUGGAGAUGGAAAUUGUAAUAAAGUAAUAAAAUAAAAAUAA